AUGGAUGAAACCGCGGAGUUAUCGUGCCCUGAUAACGACAUGAUGAACCCAGCGUUGACAUUGGCGACGCAGGUCUCCGCCAUUUUGGUUCUCUCCCAUGUGUUUCAGAUUUUCCUCAAACCGUUGGGCCAGCCUGCGCCGCUUGCUCAGAUCCUCGCAGGGUUUGUGCUAGGUCCAUCAGGCUUAUCAAGAUCACAAUCAAUACAUAUCUUCUUCUUUCAGGAUUUUGCUGUUGAUUUCUACGAAAGCAUGGCACUAUACUGUAGAAUCAGUAUCAUGUUCCUCAUUGGCCUUGAAAUGGACAUCCCAUUUUUAAUGAGAAACUUGCGUCCCGCAAGCAUUAUCGCGUGCGGUGGUUGUUUAAUGUGCACAAUAUUUGCAUCCACCAUUUCUUUCUUUGUAUAUGAAGAAACAGGAUCGCGUGGAUCGCGGUUCACAUUAGCAUUAGUCAUCACAGUGAUCUUAGCCAACACCGCAUCUCCAAUCGUGUUCCGUUUGGCUGCUGAUUUGAAAUUUGCAACCUCUGAUAUUGGAAGAUUAGCUAUAUCUUCUUCUUUGAUUGGGGACAUGUAUGCUGUGUUUAUUUUGGUUAUAAUAUCCGGUGAGAAAAACAAACGAACUGUUAACGGUUGGGCACUCAUGGCUUUCUUUUCGCUUCUACUUCUAGUGGGAAUUAUUAUUUUCACCUCGUAUUUAGUUAACUGGCUUAACCGACGAAACAGAAAUGAAAAGAAUCUUCAAGCGGUAGAAGUAAUGUUACUUUGUUCAGUCAUUCUUGUUGCUGCAAUGACUUUAGAAACUAUGGGAUUUAGCAGCAUAAUAGCUUGUUUUUUAAUGGGGUCCACAUUCCCAAGGGGCGGGAAAUCGGCCCGAACGUUACUAGCCAUUCUCACGUAUACGGUUCACAACUUCAUCUUCCCGAUUUACUUUGGUUACACCGGGUUUAAAGCGGAUACACGUUAUAUAAAUGAGUUGAAACGACUAGCUAUAGUUUUAAUGGUUAUUGUGUUGAGCAUUGGUGGCAAGAUCUUUGGGACCCUUGCUGCUUGUUAUUAUUUGAAGACACCAUUAAAUGAAGGUGUACUCCUUGCUUUUUUGAUGAACAUGAAGGGGCAUGUAGAUAUUUUGACUUUGACCACAGCUAUGCAGAAUAGAGUGAUUAACAGUGCAGUGUUUUACAAUUUAAUGGUUUCGGCUGUAGUCAUUAGUUCCAUACUCUCGGCUGCUCUGAUCGGUGUCUUGGUGAGAAGAGAAAAAGAUAUGAUAGGAAUCAAACACAUACCGAUGGAAUAUCAUAGUCCCGAUAAAGAACUAAAACUACUCGCGUGUGUGCAUAGUAGUCACCCUGUCAAUUCAAUGGUAAGACUCAUUGUAUCGUUAAGAGGGUCAGACAACGUUCCAAUUUCUCCAUACUUAAUGCAUUUAGUCGAGCUUCCCGAGCAGACAAAAAGAAGUUCAUCUCUAUAUGAGCAAGAAGAAGACGAACUUAGUGAAGAUGAAGAUGAUGGCAAAAACGAUGCGGUUGAAAUAAAUGAAACCGUUGAUAUGUUCAUCGAAGAAACAAAAAUGAUGAUUCAUCAAGCUAAAACAGUAGCACCUUUUACAACAAUGUAUCAAGAUGUUUGUCACUUUGCUGGUGAUAAGAGGACAUCGUUUAUCGUUCUUCCAUUUCAUAAACAUCAAAGAAUCGAUGGGAAAUUUGAGAAUGGUAAAGAAGGUAUAAGGAUUACUAAUCAAAAAGUGUUGAGACAUGCUAAGUGUUCAGUGGCUAUUCUUGUUGACCGCGGUCAUACUACAACGGGGACACAAGCUGCGGGUUCAGAAUCUUUGCAGCAAAUUGCUACUUUGUUUUUUGGUGGGCCCGAUGACCGUGAAGCGUUGGGGUUUAGUAAACGGCUUAGUACACAUCAUCAUACGAGUCUUACUGUCAUUAGGUUUUUACCAACAUCGGCAAAAGAUCCUAAUGGAGGAAUUGAUGUUUCACAUAAGGAGGAUGAUGUUUUUGUGACUAUACAAGAUCAGGAUACUGAAGUUGCAGAGGCUGAUAAUUCUGCCUUAGCCAAUUUUUAUCACAGGUAUGUGACAUCCGGGAAAGUGAGAUUUGUUGAAAAAUAUGUGGAUAAUGGGGUCCAAACAGGAAUGAUAUUGAGGGACAUGGCGGAAACCUACUCGAUGUUUGUAGUGGGCAAAGGCGGCAGAGGUGACUCUCUUUUAACAACUGGAAUAAGUGACUGGGAAGAAUGCCCCGAGCUUGGUGUAGUAGGCGAUUUCUUGGCUUCUAGUGAAUUUGAUACUAGUGGUUCGGUAUUAGUUGUUCAACAACAUAGAUGA